UUGUUUCAUUUAAGGACCAUCGACAAUCUGACAAUAGACGCUCAUCCUAGUGAAGAAGCUGUCGUUGUCAGAUACCGAGCAAGUAACGUUCGUACACAUCAUUCUUCGGAUUGUCAGAAGCUGAUUAAUCUGAAAGACCUUAACGAUGAUGUUGAUGUCCAGUUGUUGGCUAAUGUUGUCAUGGAAAAAUGUACGAUAAUUCCUGAAACAAUGCGACAAGAACUGGAGCACGUUUUGUCCUACUUACAAAAGCGGUCCAAUAACAGAAAUAAGCCUUCCUAUAUCGAACUGUUCUAUGAAGAUGCCAGUGAGAAGAACCGUGGAGCUUUGUGUAUUUUAGAACUUACCAAAACCACUGCGAAUUUGGAGAUACUGAUCGAAAACGAAACGCUUAUUGGUGCGCUAGCACGAGUAUUUCGUGAAGAUUGGAAGAAGAAUUUCGAUCUUGCUACAACAAUUAUUCGAAUUUUUUUGCAGUUCUCCUACUACAACCAGUUCCAAGCAGCGUUAUUUCAUCAUAAGAUUGGUGCAUUAUGCAUGAAUGCAAUGGAAUAUGAAUUGAAGCGUGGUGAUUUAUGGGCUGCUGAAGUAAAGAAUGUUGACGAGAGAACUGCACGAAAAUGUCGUCUUGCUAUUCGCAAACAGCAGACAUUAUUAGCAGCUUGCAUAUCACUGUUAGUCAAUCUCGCUCAUGAUGUUACCAUUGAGCUGAAGAUGAUUCGUCGUGAUAUAGUUCCUAUGCUGUUACGAUGCCUGGACCUACGAGAUUCAGCGGAACUCACUUUGUCCACAGUUCAGUUUUUACUAAAACUAAGUAUAUUUGAAGAGAAUAAGGCAGCAAUGGAACAGGGAAACAUUAUUGGUAAACUACUGCUCUUAUUUCCAAUAGGUGAUGUUGAAUUGCGCAAGACUACCAUACGUCUCCUUUUCAACCUAUCAUUUGAUGUGAAAGCUCGUAGCAGAAUGGUAGCCGAAGGUCUUGUUGGCCAAAUUACACCACUGAUCGAAAAUGAUGCGAAGGCUCUGAAUCUUCUCUACCAGUUAAGUGUUAAUGAUGAUGCGAAAGCCAUGUUGACGUUCACUGAUGCCAUGCAGUUACUAAUGCGUGAUUUACUGUCUGGAAGUGGCAGCGAAGUGACAAAAGCAGUUUUACUAAAUGUAUGUGCUGAGAAGCGAAAUGCCCAACUUGUGUGCGGCCAAGACGGCCAAGGGCUCGCUUUGUUACUGGAUGCCGCGCUAGAUGGUCGUGACCUUAUGGUGGCAAAGAUUGUUCGAAGUAUCGCUAGUCAUGAAGGUCCAACGCAGGAUAUCUGGCAUUUUUAUUACUAUCUAUCAAGAAGAAUUGAAGACGAGAAUGCAUCCAUAGGUCUUGAGUUUAUUGGUGCAGCGGCCCUCAUAAAAGUAGCAGAUUGGAGUAGUUUGAUCUCCUUGUACGGGUUGCUCAACUGGAUUGAACUUCAGCAAACGUUAAUGACAGCUCGGAAUUUGGUACCCCUUCUAGAGGUAUUUCUCCAGUUGGUACAUUCUAUGCAAGAAGACGACGAAUUCAUUGUACAAUUGUUGUAUUUGUUCCUUCAACUGCUACGUCAUCGUGAAUUGGCCAACCAUUUGUUGGGAGCCGAUUCAGCCUUAGGGGCGUACGUCAUUGACCUGAUGCAUGACAAAAAUCCUGCUAUUAGAGAGAUGUGCGACAAUGCAUUAGUGAUUAUAGGAGAACAUUCCCAAGAAUGGGCUCGUCGUAUCGCUGGAGAACGAUUUCGCUGGUACAACGCGCAGUGGUUGGACACUGUAGAGGCCGACGAUGACUAUGUACCGGGAAUGUUGUUUGGCGAUCAGUUUGAUGACGGUUUCGAUAUCGCUGCUGAUGAACCACUGUUCUAG